AUGGGCUCAAGUUGUGGUUUCUCUCGGGGAAACAUCGUCGUGCUGCUGCUGCUGCUGGAAGGAGCGACAGGGCUGUACUUCCCUCAGAAUGACUACUUUGAGACGGUGUACGUUGGCCAGCUGGCAGGAACGCCGAUCCUCCAGCUCCACGCCAUGCUGGACAGCGCCUCUGAGCGGCCGCAUUUCUACCUGUGCCCGACAGCUGGCAGACGUUCAGACUACAGCUCCUGGUUCAACCUGGACAUCAACACUGGAAUACUGUCCUUGAACAAAACCCUGGAGGAGAGCGACUUCGCCUUGCUAUAUAAACACUCGUGGUCGGUGCAGAAGUUGCUCCUGCACGCCAUGGUGAAGCCCACCUUCACCAGGAAGCUCCCGUGCAUCAGAAACUCUCGGGUCACCCUGGACUUUGUGAACGCCACGAUGCCUCAGUGUGCUCAGACGGAUUUGAAGGAGCUGUGCUUCCGUCACAGAGACACCUCCAACCCGCACGUCAUGGAGAACCGGUUCCCCGGGGCCCUGCGGCAACUCAGGCGUCUCACCAGACUCAACGUCUGCCCCAACUACACCAUCACUUACAAUGUGGAAUCAGAUGCUCCGGCACCAUUUGCUGUCAAUGAGAACACCAUGGAGCUGUUGGUGACGGCUCCGCUGGACCGGGAGGAGAGUGAAUGCUACCGACUCCUGCUGGUUUGCACAGUCCGGACGGAAACGCUCAUCACCAAGGUGGAAACGUCCCUGGAUGUCUUUGUCAACGAUGAGGAUGACAAUGGGCCGUACGUGAAUGGAACAGACACAGCAGAUGUGAUCAUCGGCUUCAACCGGACAAAGGGUGGCUCCUUUGGGGCUUUGUUUGUCUUCGACAGGGAUUUAACCCCCAUCUACCCCAUAGACCAGAAUCACAAUAAGUAUGUGGGGACCCUGCUCAAUAAUGACCCAUGGGUAAUGAAAACAUUUGGCAUAAAAGGCACCUUCAGUGAAAAGAAAGCUGCUCUUGGAGGAAUUCGAGAGACCGUCCACGACUACCAGCUCGUCCUGAAGAGGAACCUGGAUGUGACUGAAAAUCGCACCCUGCAGCUUGACUACCUGGUCAACGACACCACCUACCCUGGUCUGGAGGGGACAGUGUUGCUGCACUUCAACGUCACCAUCUUACCCGUCCACAUCCGCUUCGCCAACAUUACACAUAUGUUCUCAGUGACACGGCAAGCUUCUUUAUACGCUCAGGUCGGCACGGUCUGUGUGGAAAACUGCCAACAGUUCGCCGGCUUCGGGGUCACAUACCGGCUCGAGGUGCCAGAUAAGAACGUGUCUGCCGACGCGCAGUCCUGCUAUGCAGCCAUCGGCGUCACCCAGGCCUCGGACCAGAUGUGGGGACUGCUCUACGUGAGCGACUCGGAGGCGCUGCGCAGGCCCGAGUGCCAGGACCUGCAGUACCUUGUUGUUGCUCAGGAGGAGCGCAUGCAGCUGGAGGCCAGCACGCAGAUACACAUCCUACUAGAGGGUGAAGCGAACAAGGCCGGCCAGGAGAGGCAGCAGUUCUCAUCCUGUUCAGAAAGCAGACAGCGAGGACAAUGUGAGUCUGUCCGAGGCCUGGGGGUAACAACCGGUAGAUGCCAGUGGAGGCAAGGCACUGAGAAAGGAAUUUCUGAAAAUUACUCAACCUGCUCCCCCGACCUGCGGACAUGUCCAGAUAGCUUUUGUGAUGCGGUUGAAAGCAAAAAUGCGUCAAUAUGUCCACAAGACUGUACAAAGGAACCUGUUACCGGAGGUCAUGAACGAGGCUUGAGGAACGGGAUCCAGGCUGGAUAUGGAACCUGCUACUGCUACUCUGACAGUUGCUUUUGUGAGAAGGAUGAUAUUGAGGAGGCGAUAUGUGAAGACAUGUGUAAGACCAUCAUCGCCACGGCUCUGCUCCUCUCCUUCAUCGUCUCCAUCCUCCUGUCCUCAUACUUUAUCCACCGGUACCACAAGAACUCGCCUAAGCCCCCGAUCGCCUCUGCCGAGAUGACUUUCCGCCGGCCGGCUCAGGGUUACCCCAUCAGCUUCCCUGCUAACCUUCGUCGGGGCUCGCAGGAUUCCAUCGAGACCGACACCUUUAAAAUACCAGAGGAUCCUAAGUGGGAGUUUCCUCGUAAAAACCUUGUACUUGGCAAGUCUUUGGGAGAAGGAGAGUUUGGGAAAGUUGUCAAGGCAACAGCAUUCAGGCUGAAGGGAAAAGCUGGUUACACCACUGUGGCUGUGAAAAUGCUUAAAGAAAACGCCUCUCACAGUGAGCUGCGUGACCUGCUGUCAGAAUUCACUUUGCUGAAGCAGGUCAACCAUCCGCACGUCAUAAAGAUGUAUGGAGCGUGCAGUCAGGACGGUCCAUUGUAUCUGAUCGUGGAGUAUGCCAAGUACGGGUCACUCCGCAACUUCCUGCGCGAGAGUCGGAAAGUUGGCCCGAGCUACAUGGGAAGGGACGCCAACCGAAACUCCAGUUACCUGGAGAACCCGGACGACAGGGCGCUCACCAUGGGCGACCUGAUCUCCUUUGCGUGGCAGAUCUCCAGAGGCAUGCAAUACUUGGCGGAAAUGAAGCUUGUUCACAGGGACCUUGCAGCACGAAAUGUUCUCGUCGCUGAAGGGCGAAAGAUGAAGAUCUCAGACUUUGGCCUCUCCAGAGACGUGUACGAAGAGGACUCGUAUGUCAAGAGGAGCAAGGGCCGUAUACCCGUUAAGUGGAUGGCAAUAGAGUCCUUGUUUGAUCACAUUUACACAACACAAAGUGACGUCUGGUCCUUCGGUGUGCUGUUAUGGGAGAUAGUGACACUGGGAGGAAAUCCAUACCCAGGUAUCGCUCCUGAACGCCUCUUUAACCUCCUCAAGACUGGUUACAGGAUGGAGAGACCAGAGAACUGCUCGGAGGAAAUGUACAACCUCAUGCUUCGAUGCUGGAAACAAGAAGCAGACAAGAGGCAGACGUUCUCAGAAAUCAGCAAAGAACUGGAGAAGAUGAUGGUGAAAAGUCGGGAUUACCUGGACCUGGCGGCGUCCACGCCAGCCGACGCCCUGCUGUACGACGACGCCCUCUCUGAAGAGGACACGCCACUAGUGGACUGUAAUAACGCCCCUCUCCCUCGAACCCUCCCCUCCACAUGGAUUGAAAACAAGCUCUAUGGCAUGUCAUACCCCAACUGGCCUGAGAAGAGCCCGGUACCGCUCAACAGACAUGAUGCCACUAAUCCAGUCUUUACAAGAUAUGCCAAUGAUAGUGUUUAUGCAAACUGGAUGGCUUUGCCUUCACCCGCAAAAGCUGUGGACAAGCUCGAUAGCUAA